AUGGCCUCAUCAGGUGGAGACAAUUGCACUCUAUGUUAUGAUGAUGAUGAAACUUCUACAGAAGCUGUCACAUGGUGCACAGAAUGUGAGGUGCUCCUAUGUACAGGCUGUGAAAAACAUCACACAAAAUCAAAAGCAUCUAAAGACCAUAAAACUAUGUCGACUAAAGCCUACCAUAACUUACCAACAUUCAUGAAAGAUAUAAGCAGUCAGUGCAGAGACCACAAGAUGAAGUUUGAGCUUUAUUGUUCUCUCCAUGCCUGUCCCUGCUGUGUGCAGUGCAUCACUGAUAAUCACAAAAAAUGUCAAGACCUAAAACCGCUGUCAGAUAUUCUGAAGCAAGUAAAAUCAUCUGCCUCAGUUCAACUUUUUGAAAAAGAUUUAAAGAAUGUAAAGGAAAACUUAGAGGAGAUCAUAAAAUAUUUGAAAAGCCGGAUGAACACAAACCAUAGCCAGAAAACAAAGGCUGCACAACAAAUUCGAUCUAUGAGGAAGUCCAUGGAUGAUUUCUUAAACAAAUUAGAACAAAAAAUUCUUGAUGACCUAGAAUUGAAGCAUACACAGCUGAAAUCUAAGAUGAACGCUUUACUGCAACAACUGAAAACACAAGACAAUCAGAUAAACCAAUUGCAAAGUGAUUUUUCUAAAAUGACACAAUAUGCAACUGAGCUUCAAAUGUAUGUUGGUCUGAGAGAAAUAGAGAAAACUACGUCAGAAGCAGCAAAAUACAUAGAUGAAUUAAAAAGUGGAGAUCAAUUUGGAGGAAAAGAACUUAGAGGAUAUACCUACCAGACAGUACUGGUAGAUACAGAAAAGAAAAAAGUCAUUCAAACAAUUCAACUUUCUGAUGAUUGUUCUGGAGUAGCAAGUGAUAGUUAA